GUCAACAUAAAUGUUACACAAAAUUACAGAAUAAUAGCUCUUUUGGCUGGUAUCAAAACAGUGUAAAUCAGUGCAUGUGUGUUGCUAUAUGCCAGUAUCAUUCAAACUGUAUAUUGCUGUCUUUGUCAGGCAAGGGAAUGGGCAGCCUUCUGGGGCACAGCCCCAAAAUGGGCAGCCUGAAGGCCGUCGCUCUGUACAGCAGGAGUUGACGAGGGAGGCGAGGGGCAGAAAGCGGUUCAUGCCCUACGGAAAGCCCCAAAGAAAUUUCAUGGUAAAUUUCUUCCUGCUCGACGAACAGCGCCUCAGGACCCCUACUGGUGAGGAGGAGCUGCAGCUGAUGCUGGCUGGCCUGGGGAAGCGGUGUGUGAGCGUGUCAGAGGACGCUUCACACUCCAAGUUGACAGAUUUACUGUUGGAGGCCUUUCCCAAGUUAGCCGGCGUCUCUGGAGGCUGGAUGGUACAUAAAUCCUCAGGUGGAGGUGGACAACGAAAGCUAGUGGUGGUGCCUCCGGAGUCGGAGGGUUACAGUGGGCAGCAAAUAAGAUCCGCUUGCAAUAAUGGGAAGUGCAUCCUUUACAUUGCCCCCAUUCAAGAACAGAUUGAUAUUACUCCAUUACCUCCUGAUGCGAAGGAAUUUAGGAACAUGCCAAAGGCGGCUUGUGGGAAAUGUGGCGUUAUGGUGCCUCUUCAGGGACUACCGGGGCACAUCAGCAAUUGCAGCAGCGUAGAGGACAUAGAGGAUUUAUGCAGUUCCUCGGAGGAGGUACUUUAA